AUGGUAAGAGCAUAUGCGGGUAGACGCAGGCGAGUUUUCCCGAGUACACAUGGAAACAUCCCUCUAGAGAAUCUUGAUUCUGCUCUUCUUCUGAAUCCAAAGGAACAUGUUUACACUUUCCUUCGAGAGCAAGGAUUGAAGCAGGUAGCCACUCAUACACUGAGUCCUCCUUGCACAAUGUCAAUCUCUCUCUGUUACAACUCUCCUGGACUGUUGUUGCUACAUUCACCAAAAACCAGAGGCCCUUUUCACUCCAAUCAUAGCAGCAGCAAACAAGAGCAUGCCCAGAACCGGAACGAGUUGAAAUUUGUUCGAGGCAAGAAGCUGUUGAAACACCUCAGCACUUGGGGCAUUGGUGGCCCUUGUAAUCAUUUCAUCCAAGUAUUCGAUCAGACCCAGCUUGUUUCUGCUGUCAGAUACUGUGAUGAGCAUUCAAUCCGGUUCAUUGUCAUUGGCAAAGGCUCAAAUUGUUUGUUUGAUGAUUUGGGUUUUGAUGGUUGGGUUAUACUCAACCGAAUCGAGUUCUUGGAGAAGAAAGAACCCGGCGUGUACACCGUUGGAAGCGGUUUUCGUUUUAACAAGUUGGGGGUUAAGUGCUCCAAUGAAGGAUUUACAGGACUUGAGUUUGCAGGAGUGAUUCCUGGUUCUGUAGGAGGAGCUACUUAUAUGAAUGCUGGAGCAAAUGGGCAGGAGACCGCUGAUUCUGUACAUUGCGUAGAUAUUAUAACAAAGGAUGGAAAGUGUCAUAGACUUAGCAGGAGUUAUCUCAAUUUCGGGUAUCGGUCAUCUCCAUUUCAAGAUAUGCAAGAAUUGGCAGCUAUAAAUGCUGUUACAUUUAAACUGCAGCAAUCGGAAUUAGCAAAGCGAACACUAUAUGAGUACAUGGAAAGGAGAGUGUCCCAACCAGUUGAGGAACAAAGUGCUGGCUCGGUCUUUCGGAAUCCAUCUGAUAUGGGAGUCGCAGCAGCUGAGUUGAUAGACAAAGCUGGGUUGAAAGGUUUUAGAGUGGGAGGGGCAAUGGUAUCCAAAAUCCAUGCAAAUUUUUUCAUCAAUUGUGGUGGCUCAACCUCUCAAGACAUGCUUGAGCUCAUUGCCCGAGUGAAGGAAAAGGUUGAUCAGAAAUUUGCAGUACAACUUAAGGAAGAAGUAACGUAUAUCAAUCCACAUUAUGGUGAUGUGGACCCGGAUAAAGACAGAUGACUAGUCAAUGUAUUUGGAUCAUUUAGUGAAGAAAAUGUGAGAUCAUUGCUUGGAAAGACAUAACCUAUUUGUAAUUUGCUGGUAAAACAUAAAGAAUAUUCAUUCAAAACAAAAUCUUGGUGCAACUUCAUUACUCUUCAAAUUC